AUGCGCCGCCUGCGAAUCUCGUCGAUGGGAAAAAUGGAGGCAGUGGAUUGGUUUAUCUUCCUCGCCAUCUGCGUGGCCUGCGCUGUGGAGUCGGCAGCGGCGGCGGCCCCUUUCGCCCCUGCUGACAGCUUCCUGUUCGACUGCGGCGCCACCUCCGGUGUCGCAAUGCCUGACGGCCGAGUGUUCAUGACCGACGAGCAGACCACCCCGUUCCUCGCUGCCUCCGACGAAGUCCGUGUCUCGGUCCCCUCCGCCCCCGGCGUCCCCUCCCCUCUCUACCUCUCCGCCAGGAUCUUCCAUGGCGAAUCCGCCUACAGCUUCACCCUCGCCCGCCCUGGUUGGCACUGGAUCCGCCUUUAUUUCUUCCCCCUCGACAACUCCGAUUCCGAUCUCACCGCGGCCAUCUUCUCCGUCUCCACCGAUGAUCUCGUCCUCCUCCAUAGCUUCUCCGUCGACGACCCCUCCGAGUGGGUCCUCAAGGAGUACCUCGUCAACGCCACCAGCCCCAACCUCACCCUCCGCUUCUCCCCGCUCCACGACUCCGUCGCUUUCGUCAACGGCGUUGAGGUUGUCUCCGCCCCCGACGCGCUCGUCCUUGACACCGCCUCCACCAUCGCCCCCGUCGGCGACAUCGUUGGCCUCUCCCUCUACGCCUACCAGGUGGCGUACCACAUCAACGUCGGCGGCCCGCCCAUCACCUCCGCCAACGACACGCUCGGACGCUCCUGGGUUCCCGACGACCCCUUUCUCCAGUCGCCGGGGGCUGCAGAGCACGUGUCCGUCUCCGCCGGCAUCAUCAAGUACCCGGAGGGCGUCACGCCGCUCAUCGCGCCCAACUUGGUCUACUCCACCGCCGUCAAUAUGGGAGACGCCGAGGUGGCGAAUCCCAAUUUCAACGUGACGUGGCACUUCGCCGUCGACCCCGCCUUCGCCUACUUCCUCCGCCUCCAUUUCUGCGACAUUGUCAGCAAAUCCCUCAACGACCUCUACUUCAACGUGUAUAUCAACGGCCAGAUGGCGAUAUCCGGCCUCGACCUCUCCACGGUCACAGGAGCGCUCGCUACGCCGUACUACAAAGACAUCGUCGUCAAUGCCUCGGUCGCGACGGACCGGAUCACGAUCCAGAUCGGCCCGACGAAGGAAGUCACUGGCAGAGUCGAUGCUCUGCUCAACGGCGUUGAGAUUCUUAAAAUGAGCAACUCGGUGAGGAGCCUGGACGGAGAGUUCGGUGUCGACGGGUCGAAGGUCGACGACGGCGGCGGCGGGAAAUCGAAGGCCGUGGUGGCGGCGGUCGGAUUCGCUAUGAUGUUGGGCGCUUUCGCCGGCCUCUGCGCGAUGAUGGUGAAAUGGCACAAGCGGCCGCAUGACUGGGAGAGGAGGAGCAGCUUCUCCUCCUGGCUCCUGCCUGUUAACACCGGGAACACCAGCUUCGUGUCGUCGAGCAAAGGCUACGGCCACGGCUACAGCACGCACAAGAGCAGCGGCUACACCUUCUCCUCCACCGCCGGCCUCGGCCGCUACUUCUCACUGGCGGAGCUCCAGACGGCGACCAAGAGCUUCGACAAGAACGCGGUGAUCGGCGUCGGCGGCUUCGGGAACGUGUACAUCGGCGAGCUGGAGGACGGCACGCAGGUAGCCGUGAAGCGAGGAAACCCGCAGUCGGAGCAGGGGAUCAACGAGUUCCAAACCGAGAUCCAGAUGCUGUCGAAGCUCCGGCACCGGCACUUGGUGUCGCUCAUCGGUUACUGCGAUGAGAGCUCGGAGAUGAUCCUGGUGUACGAGUACAUGGCCAACGGGCCCUUUAGGGACCAUCUUUACGGCAAUGGCUUACCUCCCCUGACUUGGAAACAGAGGUUGGAAAUUUGCAUCGGGGCGGCGCGGGGGCUGCACUACCUGCACACCGGCACGGCGCAGGGGAUCAUCCACCGCGACGUGAAGACCACCAACAUCCUCCUCGACGACAGCUUCGUGGCCAAGGUGUCGGACUUCGGGCUGUCGAAGGACGCGCCGGGGAUGAACCAGACGCACGUGAGCACUGCGGUGAAGGGCAGCUUCGGCUACCUCGACCCCGAGUACUUCCGGUGCCAGCAACUGACGGACAAGUCGGACGUGUACUCCUUCGGCGUGGUGCUGUUCGAGGCGCUCUGCGCUCGGCCGGCGCUCGACCCGGCGCUGCCGCGGGAGCAGGUGAACCUGGCGGAGUGGGGGCUGCAGUGGAAGCGGAAGGGCCUCGUCGAGAAGAUCAUCGACCCCACCAUCGUCGGCACCAUCAACAAGGACUCGCUCAGCAAGUUCGUCGAGGCCGCCGAGAAGUGCCUGGCGGAGUACGGCGUCGACCGGCCGUCCAUGGGCGACGUGCUCUGGAACCUCGAGUACGCGCUGCAACUGCAGGAAGCGAACCCGCCGGAGCCCGAGCAGCAACAACCGACGUCGAAGGACGACAACGCCAGCAAGGCAGCGGAGGCGGCAAGCACGAACGCGGCGACGCCCAUGAACCAGUCUCUGGAGAACUCGAGCACGGAGAUGGCGAACGAGCUCUUCGCGCAGCUCGCCGGAAUGAAAGGACGGUGA